AAUAACGAAUUUCAUCAUCGUCUAAGCCAAAUGAUAACUGUUAGCACCUGUUGCAAGCGACAUCUAUGGCACAAAACGAUAUUGCCUAUUGAUAUAUUAUCACAAUGACAAAAAUAUCAAAUUUUUACAUUCAUUUCUUAAUUUUUUUGUUGCUUCUCUAUAUUUUGUUUAUUUUUAUGUUGUUAUUCAUAUUGAAAAGAAUGUGCCAAACAUUGGAAGAUAAAUUUAAGAUCAUGUUGUUUUACAGUUUACUGCAACUUCUUGUGCAAUCUAUGACAUUUCUUGGAUGUUAUUUAUGUGUUUGCAGUAGUUACAGAAAUGAUGUUAGAAUUACAAAGUUACACGCAACCAGAAACACAAGUUAACGAUGUACUUCAAUCUUCAUCGUCAUGGUCAGAAGCUGAUUGGAGAGCUUCGUCUUCCGCGACAAGAGAGCCAUGGACAUUGUUGUAUUUCAAGUCAGACAAUAACACUGUUGAUGUCUACAAGAAUAAAAUCGGAUCAUUUGUAUUUCUUUGGCCCAUACCUGUGACGUUUGCUCUGGUUGCAUUGCUGUAUUGCUCGAUACGACUUUGCUUAAAGCCCUUUAAACUGCCGCGUGCAACGAAACCAAAGAAAAAGCUAUCGAUAGAACUUCUCGACAACCCCUACCAAAAUGCACCAAAUCUAAACCAUCAAGGAUCGGAUGAUUCUGAAUUCAUUUUUUGCGAUAUCUCACCAGAAGACCCGUGGUCACCUCCGUAUCACAAUGAUUCAACAGUAAUAGAUCAAUCAUUUUAUGGUGACAAGCAGCAUAUUAUCAUUAUUCUAAAUGAACUGAAUUCGAAUCAUUGAAGGUAUAAAGGAAACUUGGUAUAAAAAUCUGAAUAGUGUGAUCCCUUGGAAGCAUUAAUCACAACAAAUUCACAUGAAAAUUGCAGACUCAUUUUGAUUGCAGCUGUACAUUAGGGAACAAUUGUUUCUUUAAACAUACCUAAACAAAUAUUUUCAAAAGACGUCUUUAAAGAUAAGUAAAUUGUCCAGGAUUUAUUAUUGAAACAGAAAUAGCAUGGUGACAGUAAAUAUUCAGGAUUUAAAAUGAUUGAUAAGGACAAGCAAGUGAUAAUAAGACAUAUUGGCCAAUUGUAAAAUAAUUUUGAAUGUUUUCAAACUUUAUAAAAUAAUGUUUUUAAAUACAAUAGUCAAUGAAAAAAUUGCCCUUUUCAUUUCAUGUCAGUACAAACAUGAAAUUAUUUGCAUUUUCCGCUUUCAUUGCAACGAUGGUAAAUAAUGCCAGCCGAGUGAGAAGUGUCGCAGUAUCACUUCAAUUGACGCUUCGACCUUGCAGAUUUUAUAUUAAAUAUGAUAUUGCUUAAAUAAGAGUCAAUAACUUUUUAUUAGUUCUGGUCUAGUGUAUAAACAAGAGAAAUUUUGAUUUAUUAGAGAACGCUUAAAACGCCAUAAUUGAAAAAUGUACAGGUCCAGUUUGAUAAGGUCUGUUCAUGUAGAGUGAUAGUGUGCUGGCCAACCCCCAAACACCGGCUUCGUAAGAUAGAGAAGUCUUUAAAUGUGAAAAACGUGCAGGUGUGUUUAUCAGCGGUUAUUAUAGAACGGUCAAGAAUGAGUGUGUCCUUGUAGAACCGACAAUGUGACAUGUUUUUGUUUCAUUUUAUAAAAAACAACGUUUGGUCCUGAAGUUAAAUAAUAAGUGUGUUGUGAACGAGAACGCAAUAACCGAAAAAAGUUUGGAAGGUGAUAUGAGGUUAUCCAAACUAAAACUUAAAACAAUUGUUUACUAUAAAACCCCAAAG